AUGGCAGUCCAACUCGAGGAGUCGCAUGGCGUCCGUCUCGCCGUCGAAGGUUGCGGCCAUGGCACUCUCCACGCCAUCUAUGCCUCGAUCGAAGAAGCGUGCAAACAGAAGAACUGGCCAGGAAUUGAUCUCCUCAUCAUCGGAGGAGAUUUCCAAUCCGUACGCAAUGCCUUCGACCUCAACUGUGUGAGCAUGCCGCCCAAGUAUCGCGAAAUGUGUGAUUUCCACGAAUACUACUCGGGCCAACGAACGGCCCCGUAUUUGACCGUCUUUGUUGGCGGCAAUCACGAGGCCAGCAAUUAUCUGUUCGAGCUGUACCAUGGGGGGUGGGUGGCGCCGAACAUCUACUACAUGGGUGCUGCGAACAUUCUGCGACUCGGACCGCUGAGGAUAGCUGGGAUGAGUGGCAUCUGGAAAGGCUUCGAUUAUCGCAAACCUCACUUCGAACGCUUGCCCUACAAUGAGUCCGACAUGAAGAGCAUAUACCAUGUCCGUGAGUUGGACGUGCGAAAGCUGUUGCAAGUUCGAACACAAAUCGACAUUGGCAUCAGCCACGACUGGCCGCAAGGGAUCGAAUGGAAAGGAAACUGGAAGAAGCUGUUCAGAAUGAAGAAGCAUUUUGAAGAUGACGCGAACAGUGGGAAAUUGGGAAGUGUUGCUGCAAGGCAAGUGCUAGAAUUGCUUCGACCAAGGUACUGGUUCAGUGCGCAUUUACACUGCAAGUUUGCGGCACCAAUCGAGCACCCUCCAGACAUCACAAACACUCAAACGAGCUUCCUUGCACUCGAUAAAUGUUUGCCCAGCCGCGACUUCCUACAACUGAUCACCGCGUCGGAAGAACCAAUUCGCGAUCAAGACAGACCCUUGAAGCUACAGUACGACCGAGAAUGGCUCGCCAUUACACGCGCCUUUGCGCUGAGUGAGCCUGUUCCAGUCGGGAAUCCAGAUGUGCGAGUGCCGCUAGCCAAGACACAAUCCGACUAUCGCAAGUUGAUCGAAGCGGAGCGAAAAUGGGUCGAUCAAAACAUCGAUGAUGCUCAUCUGAUGAUUCCAGAGAAUUUUAUCGUGACUGCCCCCAUUUUCGAUGGAGGAAACUUCCGAGAUGCACAGUAUCAGCAGGUCAAGGAAUACCCCAACCCGCAAGCAAUAGAAUUCUGUCAGCUCCUACACAUUCCGAACCCCUUCGAUAUUACCGAAGAAGAGCUCAGUAAUCGCUUAGCUGCGGGUCCUCGACCGGACGACUUUCAAGGUGGACGUGGAGGAGGGCGUGGAGGCUUUCGAUCAGAUCGCGGCGGUCGCGGUCGCGGUCAUGGUCGUGGUCGUGGUCAAGGCCGGGGCCGAGGUCGUGGUGGUGGAAGAAGGUAUUAG